UUUAUUUUCGUAUUGAACCCACAAUCUGGCUGCAUUUGCAUUUGCAUUUGGAAAUGGCAAAUUGCUUGAUGCAACUCAAUCAGUGUGGCUUUCCGAAUUGUGCACAAUACUUUGCCAGUCAAUAUGAUCUCACUGCACAUAUUGAAUAUACACAUAUUCCUGUAAUUGAAGAAGAUGUGAAGCGGAAAACCCUAUUGGCAGCAAGCGUUGCGAACGGAGAACAGCCGGUUCAACCUGCACCAAUGAAUCUACCGCUUAGUUAUUAUAGUCGAGUAUUUCGAACAGCGUACCGCCCGAAUCCUAUCAAACCAGAGCCGCUGAAAGUUUCAUUUAAUCACUACAAACGACGAUCUCAACGAGAUCGACAAAUUCAUCCGAAUCAUAUGGCUUCAAGGAUUCUACGAGAUAUGAUGGCACGGCAGGGAAGGCAUAUUACAAUUGAAGAAGCUGAGAAGCGACUGAUGGAUGUGGAUUUUGAAGAAUGUGGUCCAGAAAAUAAUGAAGUGAGAUUCCGAUGUGCCAUAGUGGAUUGUAAUAAAAGAUACAAAAGCAUGUUUGCUCUCCGAGUUCAUAUGAAAAUAGUCCAUAACGUUGUAGUCUCUGAAGAUGCAAAAAGCCUCACAAAUUAUCCAUCGGAGGACGUAAAGCCCAACAUUUCGGCACUUCAGCAGGCUAUGCAACAUCAACAGAUUCAGCAACAACACCAUCAUCAUCAACAAAUCCCCACAUCUGCACCAGAACCUUCAGUAUCAUCUGGGACACCAACAACAGGAACACCUGCUCCAAAUACACCACUUGCUCAAGGAUCACCGCUUCCUGGUGCUGCUCCAACAUUUGGAAAUCCGGCAACAAAUACAACGUCUUACAAAUGCACAUAUUGUUCAAAAAGAUACAAAACGUCGUCUGGAUUAUCAAAUCAUAUGAUGUCUUCGCAUCAGAAAAUUUCCGAUGUUCAAGACGCCCCUACACCACAAGUAGUUGAGCAGUUGAUUUCACAAGUUCGAAUGCAACGUCAACAACAAGAACAGAAUAGUAUGGAACAAGGUCAGCAAAGAAUCACAGCUCCACCACAAACACCUCAAUCUCAAAACUUGGCAAACCUUAUUAAGAGUUCUUCCCAUGUGAGAUCAUUCUCUGUAACAACGACACAGCAGCCAAUAAGAUUCUCACAACAACAUUAUCAAGUGAAUCUGGAUAAUCAGCCGUCGACUGGACAAGUAUUACAAAUGCAAAUGCAACAUCAGAAGAGGAUGAAGCAAAUGCAAGAGCAACAAGCAGCUCAACAGGCUGCAGCUGCAGCUGCUGCUCAACAGCAACAACAACAACAACAACAACAAGGAAUGCAAAUGCAACAGGCACAAUUCUCGUCAUCUCCAAUAAAUCAGAUGGGACAACAGGGACAACAGCAGCAACAAAUGGGACCACUACCAUCAUUGCAACAUCCACAACAACAACAGCAGCAACAGCAGUAUCAUCAGAUGCCUCCCCAACCUCAACACAGUCCAUAUCCUCAACAACAGCAAAUGCAUCAUCAAAUGGUUCAACAUAGUCCGCAUCAUUACCAGCAACAACAACAACAACAGCAAUAUCAGCAGCAACAUCAACAAUCACCACAAUUUCCAUCUUAUCAGCAGUCUCCACAGCAACAACAGGCUCCACCGCCACAACGAUCUCCGAUUCCACUUUCACAGUCACUUCCUCCUCUCAAUUCGAUGACUCAACAACAGAGGGCUUCAAUGCAACAAAUGCCACCUCCAAAUAGUGGUCCACUUCAAUACUCUCCACCAAAUCAGCAAGGUUUCGGUUCAAUGAUGUCGAGUCCACCCAAUAACAGCCAACAAAUGACUCCAUCUCAACAACCACCGCCAUACAAUAUGUGAACGUGUAUAUACAUAUAUUAAAUGUUUUAACUCUAAAUAUAUAAUAAUAAUUUCCAUUUUCUCUCUCUCUCUGAUCUACUUAUCAAAAUGUCAGAUUAUUCUUCGUGUACUCCCCUCUACCCACCCACCAUCUCUCACUUAUUUUCCCCCAAAUUGAGCUGUUUCGUAGAAGUUUCAACCACACAAAAAUGUGGUUAUUUUCUAAAAUUUAAUUAAAUUUACAAAAUAUGUUACAAGUUUUAUCGAAUUUUUGAGAAAAAAAAACACAUUUUAAUCUAAUUUUAAUGAAGAAAUUGUUUGUUU